CCGUCGACGACGACGCCGCUGAUCGCGAGGAUCGGUCUUCCAUCUGUCGCGGGAAACGAGUUAUGGACUGCCUCGGACUUCCUGCUGGCCUUCGGCUGGCGAGAGUCCAUCGAUUGACUCGUCGCUCCGACGUCGCGAUACGGCAUUAGACGCGGCUGAUAGCCGCUGCGGAAGUGAAAUUGCUGAGGAUCCGAAAGGCUGAUAUCGUGAAAAUGGCGUCCAGUAAACCGCCGGAGAUGAACUACACGUGUGAGAUUUGUGGUCUGGAGGGCUUCAACGACGAAGAGAUGCGCUCGCACAUGGUGCAAUAUCAUCUGCAAGGCGCCGCCAACUGCCCGUUCUGCGACCUGGGCGAGAUAUCGCCCACGGAGAUGCUGGUUCAUGUCAAUAGCGCUCAUCUGGAUUAUCUGACUCCGAGUACUCCAGAGAACGAUAUGAUGGCGUUCAUCGAUGAUGAUUCGCUGAUGGAUGAGCACAAUAGGCGCGAUGAAUGUCGAGCACUCUCGCCAUCCAUGUCCUUGCGACCGCCUCAUCUGCAGAAUGGCUGGGGUAGCUCUCUAGGGCAGCAUAUCAAACAGCAGCAGCAUCAACAACAACCGCAGCAACAACAACAGCAGAUAUCGAGAAAGCCGGAUGUCCAAAUGGCAAAUCCCAACGUGAAUAAUAAUAACAACAAUAACAACAGUAACAAUGCCAAUACUGUAUUGGAAGGUGCAGCGGGACAGGGCUCACCAUUACGCUCAGGCCUAAAUCUGCAAUUGCGCUCGCAUGCUUCCCCGAAACUUCCAGUGCAGGAAUGUCCAAUGUGCCCCUAUAGUUCCGACAGUCCACUGAGAUUGGAAGAGCAUAUCAAUCGCCAACAUUUUGAUCUCACCUCACCGUCUUUCCCGCCAGAAUCACCGCCAUUGCGAGACGGAAUCUUUAACUGCCCCCUUUGCGUCACAUCUUUUCCAAAUUCUUCUGAUCUUGAAUUACAUGUCAAUAUCGAGCACAAAGAUAUACUUAGUCCUGCAAAUGGAACGAGCUCACAAUCUGAUACGGCUACCAUUGGUAGUGAUUCGACAUCCGCCUGUCCAGUAUGUCACAGUACAUUAUUUAAAAAUAAUGACGACCUAACAGCGCACAUCGAAGAACACUUUAGCAAGAAGAGCACACCGUCGCCUGUAACGCCAGAUGUCUCGACCGAUCGUAUGCUAGCGAAAGAUAUGGAGAGGAGAGAAAAGGAGGUGAGGAAACUGCGCGAGCAACGUGAAUUCGAGAUGUUGAGAGCGCAAUAUGGCAUGGACAAUCAGGGUAACUUCAGAGAACAGAGUGUCACUAACAUGCAGCGGGCUGUAUAUGCGGGCGAGAUGACAGUAGCCGAUUUCUUUGAGAGGCAAAUCGAACUCCGAGAGGCCGAGAGUAACGGUAUUGAUGAUGGCAGCUCUUGUACACGCGGGCUGGUCCCGAAAGUACGAGCCAUUAGUCAAGCUUGCAGUAAUGUAGUAAAUACCUGGAUGUGUUCCACUGUGGACCAUUACGCAUCAACUUACGGCGACAAGGGCUGGGGAUGCGGUUAUAGAAACAUGCAAAUGCUAAUUUCAUCUCUCUUGCAACAUACAGGAUACAACGAGUUAGUUUAUAAAGCAUGGAGUUCCGGAGCCGACGGCAAUAGUUCCACAGAGAAUCCUUUACGCAGUUCCAUGCCGUCGAUCUCCAGAUUGCAGAAGAUGAUCGAGUGGGCAUGGGCGCAAGGUUUUGAUAUCCAGGGCGCAGAACAACUCGGUGGUAAACUCGUUAAUACUAGGAAAUGGAUCGGUGCCACGGAAGUAUUCACGCUACUCUCUAGUUUGAGGAUAAGGUGUCAGCUAGUAGACUUUCAUAGACCUACCAGCGUGGAUGGAAGCCAUCCUGAAUUGUUCAACUGGGUCUUGCAGUACUUUCAACGAUGUGAGGACUUCAAACCACCUCUUUAUCUUCAACAUCAAGGGCAUAGUAGAACGAUCAUGGGCGUGGAACAACUAAGAGACGGUUCAAUAACCAUGCUAGUAUUAGAUCCGAGUCAUAGCCCGGUGCAAAUGGCACAUUUCAAUAGUACGAGUAGCGCGCCCGGUGCGAUGAGGCUCGUGCGAAAAUCCACCGCGGCAAUGAAAGCCAGACAGUAUCAAGUUGUGGCUGUAACCGGUACUAUGGAUACGGAAGCGCAGUACCAGCAAAGUAAAGUACUACGAUCGAUGCGUGUUCCUCAAGAUAGGUGAGAGUUGCUGGUCCGAGAAAUCGAGUCAUGGACGAAGACUAUAGACUACUGCCUCAAACCAAUCUUAUCCGGCAUCCUUGAAAUUACGUGACCGCGAUGUCUUAUGUUCUUCUAUCGCUAGCAGACUUAUAUUCCAUAUAGCAUAUUAUAUAUAGUUGCAGAUCGUAUUAUUUAACAAUAUAUUCUUGCAUUUCUUAUAGACGUUGACAAUGAACUGAUCCUUUGAAUCGUAUCCGCGCGAAGCCUGUGACGCAGAGAAAAUAAUUUUAUGGAGCUAAUAUUUAGAUAUCAAAAGAAGGCUCUUCGUCGCGUUGUUGAAAUCGAGCACAUAAUUUUUUUUUUUUGAACGGAGAAAGUCGCGUAAAUUUCUAUAUACAAAGAGAAUUAUCAGAUCGAAACGGCGAAGAAUCCAUGAGAAGAUAAUUAAAUCGACUGUCAUUUCUUGU